CAUGCUACAGUGAAUUAUACAGUGAAUUAUGGAAAAAUGGAUGUAUUCUAUAUUUUAUUUAUUGUAGCUUGGCUGCAUGUCCAUAGUGUAAGGAGUGCUAUUGGUAACUCAAAGAUAAAUUGUGUGACUGGAACUAAUAACUAUUUUGGGAGCAUCCUGGAGGGAUAUGAAGGAGAAGUAGAGAUUAUCACAGAUAUCAGACCUGAUGAUCGUCUGGUGCUGGAGUCACAUAAUGAUCCUAUUGGUGUGUCAUUUCUGGAGCUGGUUUACUCUGAUGGAGAUUCAAACGCUACUGUACGAACCGUCAAACCACUGGAUGCUGAUGUACUACAGUCAGGAGGGAGUUUGUCUUAUUCAGUCACCUGCUCAAACACAGGGAAAACAAAUAGCAGGACAUUAGAUCUUCUGGAUGUCAAUGACAAUCCUCCGAUCUUCCAGAGUAAAUCAUACAGCACCACAGUGUCAGAGGUGUGUGUAAUGUCAUCUUUAUACAGCAGUAGUGUGUUUGGUCACUCAGAGACUCACAUCUCUUUUUAAACUGUGUCUUUUGCUCCAGACGACGGCUGUGGGUUCAGAUGUGAUCAGGGUGAUCGCUGAAGAUGCAGAUGUUUCUCCAGAAAACAACAGAAUUACAUAUUCUAUACA